AUGCAAAGCUACCGUCAUUUCGAACAAACACAAGGCGAGCUCUGCUCGCUCCCCGGCACAAUAUACAGAAUUUCCUACAAAGCAGUAGGAACCUACCGAUGCCGCACCUGCAUGUGCAUCUACGUCAAGUUCAAGGACGAUAGCGUCUUCAUCGUACAUAUAAUAGCGCAAAAUAUGACAACCCCUGAACAGCUAUCAACCUUGAGCGGUGAAGAAAAGUACGACGUCGUCUGGACAUUCGGACAGGAGAAAGGUGGUAAACUCAAACAGUCUGUGUAUGAGCAACCCGUAUCUCAACUCGGGGAGGGACGACGCGAUCAGGCAGUAACGAUGCUUGAUUUCCUCAAAGAUGAAAAGCAAUGGAGAGACGGCUUAUACACGAUGGAUGAAAGAAGCGAUCGAUGA